AACAACGAGAGGUCACGCUAAAAAAAAAAUCCACAGCCAGGGUACGACAGGGUAAAAGUAAGACGACCCCAGACAAAAUUACGUAGUUGGCGUUGCGCAUUGGCGCAGUUGGUCUACACCCCCGACACACAUCCUCGUGGGGGCUCGUGCUCUACGUGGGGGCUAUACCUUUCACUUUUUUAUCUUUAUCGCGCCCUCGCAGUCGACAUUAGUUUUGAUCUCGCAUUAUAAGACUCAAUCCUUCGUCCAAGUGAAGUUUUCAUUCAUAAAUUUAACUUUCCGUACUUAGACUUCAUACGUAAAAUCAACUUUACUUUAAAAUAAACAACUGUUUGUUCAAACAAGUUAUGAAGCUCCAAAAUAUGAUAUGUGAUAAAUUUAAAUUCGCUUGUAUCCGCGAUUCCAAGUUACUCACUGGUAUUUUCUUUGUACCGAGAGACUCAAACUACCGUAAACAAUUUUGUAUGUUAUGGUUUUAAUUACUUUUAUGUCAGUAAUUUAAUUUUUUUAGUGGAGAAAAAUUAUUUAUUAAUAAAUAAAAUAUUUUUUAAAUUAAACUUCAUUAAAUGUCAGUCUUAAAAUAACUAAACAGUUAAUACUGUACGUUUAUCUUUUAAAUUUAUUCGUUGACGAGGAAAAUCAAUAUAGAGUAUGUGUUAAAAAUGGAUCAAAUAAACUCAACUAACGCGCGGAAUAUUUUUAAAUCGCUAUAAAUUUGUUAAUAUUAUUAUUAUUGAAUAGAUAAUCUGUGAUAUUUAAAAGUGAACAAAGUGAUAAACGUAAUAUUUUAUUGAGCAACUAUAAAUUUCUAUUGUAUUUUAUUUAAUUGUAUUGAGUAAUGAUGUGAUAAAAAAUUACUUAUUCCAGUUGAAUUAACGGGACAAUCUAUUGCUUUUGUUACAAAUUAUAGAUAUUUUUAAAUCUGGAUAUUUAACUCGCUAUCAGUUUAACUUCAGAUGAAUUACUGAGUGAAAAAAAAUAUUUUGAAUGACUCGUCCGUCAAAUAAUUUUCAGUACCCUAAAAUAAAGCGAGAAAUGACCGGUGACACGGGAUUUGGUCUUGGGGUCGGAGUGGCAAGUGGCUCAGGACUUGCUGCAGCACAACAAGGUCAGGGUGUUGCAGCCUUGCUGGUGAUGCUGGCCGUUCUCUGCUUUAUAUUUGCGUACUGCUGCUGGGGCGCGCCUUUCUGCCGAUCUCUCUGUCGCAGGCACUGCUGCUGUCGACUGGAGGAUCCGGAGCUUGACCCGCGGUUUGGUAACAGCGAUCAAGCGAUGGUUGCUACUCCGACAAUUAUUUUGUUACCUCACGGUAGAAUGCUGGUUGUUGAUGGAAAUAUUUUUAGUCAAUUUCAAGCUGAUACUACUGGCCUAGACCUAGUGGAAUUGGGUGAAAAUGUCUUAAGAGCACAACGUAACUCUCGAUACGUAAAUCGUCAUCAUUUGUCGCACAAUAGCCAAGGGAGUAUGUUAGAAAUGGACGCGGAAACUCCAAGUAAAGACAGCAUUGGAUCUGUCGGGUGUUUUCCACCGCCGACAUAUGAAAGUAUUUACGGUAAAGAGGAAGGCGAUAUGCCGCCAUCAUACUCAGACAUUAUUUUACACAGAUUUGCGAAUCUCCCUUACGAAAUAGAUUUGCAAGAUUACUGCAACGACAAAGAAGAAAUAGAAAUGCGUAGUCUCGAUAAUUGCUCACAUAUCAUAACGAAUCCAAUGAACACUGUGACUUAUCAUCCUUACGCAACGAUAACGUCAUUUUCAAGUCAAAAUUAUUCCCGUAAUCUUACGAUAAAUAAUAAUUCAAGGCACAAUCAACCCGGGACAACGACCGACAGUUUUUACAUUGAAAACGAACUAAAUAAUAUUUACACGAUAAACAGUAACAUAAAUAAUAACAAUCAACAAAAUGAAAACAUAAAUAAUAAUAGUAACCCGACCAAUGAUAGAAAUUUUUACGUAAUGACCAAUGGAAAUCUCUAUCGUCAAAACGCAUCACGUGGAUUUAUUUCAAAUGAAGAAUUGCACAGACACUUCAGUGAUACUAAUAAUUUAAGCAAUUUAAGUGUCGCAUUGUCCAGUGAGACUGUUGACACUCGAGCGCAGACUGCGAUCGUUGAUGUCAAUGCUACUGAAAGGCGGGCUGCUGAUGAAACCGCUAGUGGAGUAGACAAUUUAAAUAAUUCAAAUUCUAACUCUAACUCUAACUCUAAUUCUAAUCCUAAUCAUAAUUCAAAUUCUAAUCAAGUUGUCAAUGUAAUUAGUGAUAACGUUAAUCCAAAUGCACGCAAUCAUCCUGAGAAUGGAGCUAGAGCUAAUCAGAGACGUGAUAGACACCGUGAUAUUGAUAUGGACGAAGAGAAUAAUAAUUUUGUAACACUUGCUGAUAUUCGUGAAAGCCGCGUGUGAUUUGUAAUUAUAAACUGUAAUAAAUAAUAAUAAUAAUUGUAAUGUAUGAUAAUAAAUAUUGCUUUUGAUAGCAG